AUGCUGCUCGGUAAUCUUCGUAGAGACAUGGAUUUAAAUUCAUCAACAGCUUUCAACACGACGCAUUUUCUACCAUCAUUACCAACCCCUCUGACUGCUUCAUCAACAACAACUCGAACUCCAUCGACACCACAAUCAACAAUGAUGAACUAUGCUCGUAUGCCACACCGUUAUACAACCGCAACAUUACUUUCUUUACGUCCGCCAACGGAAAUAACGAUAUUUCCUGAACAUCUUGUUGAACGUCGUUUUCUCGAUGAAGAAAAUUAUAUCGAUCUCGAUCGAAUGUUGGCAGAAAAAGCUGGCAAGUUUGAUUUCGAUUCGUUUAACAUGACCGAUGGUCCAAUUAUGCCAAGUAGAGUACAUAAAUAUGAUUUCUCCGAUCCCAUUGUCAUUGAAAAAGUAAAAAACCGCCGUCCGAAAGAUCCAUUGACACCUCAACAAGUUGCUGCUCUAACAUCAGUUGCAACACGCCAUCAGCCAUCAACAUUAUUACUUCCUUAUCAAACACAAUCAUCUCAUGUAUGGAUCGAUGAUUAUAGUCAUCAAGAAGCGUCAGUGAAGGCACAUCGACACCAUCUACCACCACAACCAUCAAUGCCUUAUCAAAGACAAAAUCCUAAUCAAUGUGAAAUGUAUACUCAACAAAUCAAAUCGCUUCUACCAACUUAUCAGAUAAUAUCCGAAGAAAAAGAAGAUCAAACUGCAGACACGAUUCCGAUUUUACAACGUCUGUUCGCUGCCCAACGAGUUCAACAACACGAACAAGGUAAAACGAACUCAUUCCAAAUUCCCGAUGUUCUAUCCCACCAAUCAUCAUUAGGACAGUAUCAACAAGGUUUAUCUGCUUUUUGCACACCCACAACACCGGCAAAACCAAGUUCAAAGAAAUCAUUCGAAUGGUUUUCAACACCUGACCAAUCUCGAAAGGAUAUUCUUGCCCAACUGCUGAAAAGUUCGACAACUAUGGACACACCUAUUACACCAGGUAUCGAUAUUCAGAAAGACAACGAUGAACAAAGCUUCUAUUCAGCACCGCCAUCACCCACGCAACAACAAGGAGAAUCAUUAUCUCUUUUCACAGACAAAACAGGUUUUCCAACAUCAUUAGAAAAUUGGUUUGGUACAUCUAUAUAUAAAAGUGCUUAUCCACGUAUGCCGUCAGAUCGUGUUUUUUCAGCAUGUGAUCUCGAACAGUGA